CGUCUGCCAAGCCCAGCGGCUGGGCUGGGCUAUAAAGCCGGGUCUGCUGGGGUGUGGACUCAGUGCCAGGGAAUGAGCACAGCUGUGGGGAUGAAGUCUGUCGUGCUGGCCCAGGUCCUGCUGCUACUCUGGGUGUCCACAGCCUGGGCUGAGGUCCUGGUGCAGCCAGAUUUUGAUGCCAAGAAGUUCUCAGGCCUCUGGUUCGUGGUCUCCAUGGUGUCCGACUGCAAGGUCUUCCUGGGCAAGAAGGACCACCUGCUGAUGCCCACCAUGGCUGUCACAGCCGCGGCAGAGGGCAACCUCAGCGUCCACCAGCAGUUCCCUGGGGCUGACGGCUGUCGCCAGGUGGAUGCCGUGUUCGUGAGGGUGGGUUCCCAGGGGCACUUCAGAGUUCCAGCCCUGGGCUUCCUGGACGUGCGCAUCGUGAACACGGACUACAGCUCCUUCGCCGUGGUCUACAUCUACAAGGAGCUGGAGGGGGCUCUCAGCACGAUGGUGCAGCUCUACAGCCGGACCGAGGAAGCGAGCCCCCAGGCCCUGAAGGCCUUUCAAGACUUCUACCCAACGGUGGGGCUUCCCCAUGACAUGAUGGUCAUGCUGCCCAAGUCAGAUGCGUGCUCCUCGGGGGAUAAGAAGGCACGCUGACACCUCUGGAGACGCACCUUGACACUUCCCAGGGCAAGCGGGGGCAGCAGGCCUCAUCACCCCAAGUCGUCCAGAUCCGGCCCUCCCUUUACCCCACACCUUGGGUCACCCCCUCCUGCCCAUUCCCCAUCCCCAGUGGGGUGUCUCCCUGGGCCUCCCCUUUCCACUCAAUAAACAGAUUCUGCAGUC